UAGUGAUUGGUGCAAUAAUCGAUUACCGGUGAUUUAGUCGCACGAGAAACAAUAAUAUGAUGUCGCGGUCAGUGCGCGCAGAGACCCGUAGUCGUGCCAAGGAUGACAUUAAACGCGUGAUGCAAGUAGUUGAUAAAGUUCGUCACUGGGAAAAAAAAUGGGUUACUAUAGGAGAGACAACUAUGAAAAUAUAUAAAUGGGUUCCAAUUUCGACUCUUGAUCAGAAGAAAAAAAGUAAAACUGUUUCUGACAAAGAGAAUGGUUUACCAAGAAAAGGAGGAAUAGAUUCAUCAAAUUCUAAUUUUGGUCUCACAGAAGAUUCUAAUACAUGUUUUUCCACUGUUAGUGAUUCCCAAGGAUUGACAGAUUUUUCUGCACAUUUGGGUUUCUCAGAGGACUCCAAUUCGCAAAAUAGUGAAUCUGCACCUAAGAGGUUAAAGACUGACUAAUGUUUGAUCUAUAAUCAUAAUCAUCGCCACUGUCAUAUACAAUUUGACAUAUUUAGGAAUCACUAUCUCUUUUGUAAAUUUGCACUCAACUUUGAGUUAAAUUAUACCUUUUGACAUGGAUGAAUUACAAGACAAGUUUUUGUUUCAUCCAAAUUUAGUAUGAAAAAUCUUCUAGAUAAUAUAUAUAUAUAUAUAUACGUAUAUAAUUAUAUGAAUAAUAUUAAUCUUAUAGAAUGUUCUGAAUUAUGUAUAAUGAAGUUUAUUUUUUACAUAUGGAUUUAUUACAAAUUUUCCCAUUGAACUUAGGAAUUAUAAAUAAUUCUCUAAUUGAAUAGAUAAAAAUUGGGAAAUGCUCAAUCUAUUUAUAAAAAAUUCGGAUUUUUAUAUAAUUUUUCCAAAAGAUUGCAAGAAGAUUACAUGAAUAAUCUUCAAAAUCAGAAAAAAAAAUUAGUAACAGAUUGUAUGUAUAUUUGCAGUAAAUGCAAUAUUUGUAGCAAUGUUAAAGUAUUAUAUAUUUUCUUUUUUUUUAAUUUCUAUUUUUCUGGCUAUAAUGAUAUAUUGCUGUACCAGAGAGUAUUUAACAAAAAAAUAUUCAUACAUUAUUAAAAUUAUUUUUACUAUAAAUUAACUGCUGAUGUAAAAACACAUAAGUACAUGUAUAUUUUAUAUUUAAACACAUUUUAUGCCUUUGAAAAAUUGUGAAAAGUUAUUAUACAUAUACCAAAUAUGAUUUUUUCUUUAUCUAUUAAUAUUAUAGAAGAAUUUGCAUUCCUUUGCGUUAUAGCACCGUGACAUGUACAAAAUAAGCUUGACUCAUACAAAUAAAAUAGUUGAAUGACUUUUGAAUGAUCAGUGCACAUUAUAAAUCGCUUAUGAAAAAGUUGUCAUACAUUUGUUAUUAUUUGUUUUUUAAGCUUUGUACAAAGAUGUUCACUCUAGCUCUUACAGCAAAUAUUGCUGUUAGAGUAUAAAAAAGAUCUAAUAUUUGAGAAAAGAAAAUAUCGAACAUUUCUGAAAAUACUUUUUCUACAAUUAUUUAGCGAAAAAUAUUAAGCUAAAACUUUACCAUCUUGAGAUAAAUUUUAAUUCAUUUGACAAACUUUUACAAAAAAAUAGAAUGUAUAUUUAAUUAUUAAAAUUAUUUAAAUCUUUUUAUAUAACAUAUAAAGGCACAUUAUGUAUAAAAAUAUCUUAUUUGAGUAAAUAUUUUAUUUGAUCAUUAUU